UGAUGGUUUGCUGUUUUGCAUUUUGUCGAAUUUGUUUAGUGCGGUGAAAUUACAAAUAAAACUUUAAAAUGAAGAUUGAAGAGGUCAAAAGCACUGCUAAAACUCAGAGAAUAUCAGCACACACCCAUAUUAAAGGACUGGGUUUAGACGAAAAUGGGGUUCCAAUUCAAAUGGCAGCCGGUCUCGUGGGGCAAGAAAACGCGAGAGAGGCUGCGGGUGUGGUCGUGGACAUGAUCCGGAGCAAGAAAAUGGCUGGACGCGCGCUGCUGCUGGCUGGCCCGCCAGGAACAGGCAAAACUGCCAUCGCCUUAGCCAUAGCACAGGAACUCGGCAACAAAGUGCCAUUCUGCCCCAUGGUCGGAAGUGAAGUGUACAGCACAGAGAUCAAGAAAACAGAGGUGUUGAUGGAGAACUUCCGACGCGCCAUCGGUCUGCGCAUCCGCGAGACCAAGGAGGUGUAUGAGGGGGAGGUGACGGAGUUCACUCCGGUGGAGACUGAAAACCCGGCGGGAGGAUAUGGAAAAACAGUAUCACAUGUCAUCAUCGGGCUGAAGACGGCCAAAGGCACAAAGCAGCUGAAACUGGACCCCACCAUCUAUGAAUCACUUCAGAAGGAAAAGGUGGAAGUCGGAGACGUCAUCUACAUUGAAGCCAAUUCCGGGGCUGUGAAGAGGCAGGGGAGAAGCGACACAUUUGCCACAGAGUUUGAUCUUGAGGCGGAGGAGUACGUCCCGCUGCCAAAAGGCGACGUCCACAAGAAGAAGGAGGUGGUGCAGGACGUGACGCUGCACGACCUGGACUGCGCCAACGCGCGGCCGCAGGGCGGACACGACAUCAUGUCCAUGAUGGGGCAGCUCAUGAAGCCCAAGAAGACUGAGAUCACUGAUAAACUAAGAAAAGAGAUCAACAAAGUAGUGAACAAAUACAUUGACCAAGGAAUCGCUGAAUUGGUGCCUGGAGUCCUAUUCAUUGAUGAGGUGCACAUGCUAGACAUCGAAACGUUCACGUACCUGCACCGAGCGCUGGAGUCCGCCAUCGCGCCCAUCGUCAUCUUCGCCACCAACAGAGGGCGCUGUCUAAUAAGAGGCACUGAGGACAUUGUGUCCCCGCACGGCAUUCCUCUGGACCUGCUGGACAGGUUGCUCAUCAUCCGCACGCUGCCGUACAACAAGUCUGAACUGUUACAGAUUCUGAAACUGCGCGCAACGACGGAGGGCAUCGCUAUUGAAGAUGACGCGCUGGCCGCGCUCGCCGACGUCGGCGCCAACACCACACUCAGGUACGCGGCGCAGCUGCUGACGCCGAGCAGCCUGGCGGCGCGCGCGGACGGCGCGGCGCGCACCGCGGCCGCGCACGUGGCCGCCGCCGCCGCGCUCUUCCUCGACGCCAAGGCCUCCGCGCGCGUCCUCACUCUACACCACGACAAGUACAUGAAGUAG